CUAGGGCGCGUCUGUGGGUUCCGCGAAGCCGGGCCGGAGCUGCUGAGGGGAAUUGGUGGGCGGCUUGGGACCCUGGCCCCUGUUCCCAGGCCUCGGGAGGACGCCAGGCCGCGGGGAGCCUCGGCCUGGGGAGGGAAGGAGGACGGAGCCAGAGACCCGGAACUCGCGCCUUGUGCAGAGUGGACGCCAACAGUGCCAUUGAAAAGUUUAUUGCAGCGAGGUAACAAGAUCACAUUUUGAGAAGAAGCUGGAAAGAAGCCCGAGUGGAUUAAGAAGCCCCGGAUGAGGACAGGAUCUCUGGGGAGAAACUCUAAGGUAUGAUGAGUACCUUCUGAGUCUCAGGAUGGUGGGAAUUAGCCAGUGGAUUGCAGGCAUGUUAUGGAAGUUGCUGAUGAGGUCCCAGCCCUGCAGGCUCUGUUCUUUCAGAAAGAUGCUAUCAGCUCCAAAAUACACACCUUUUCUAGCAUCCUUCACCUAUACAACUGAUAAUCAGUCAAAUAGAGAAAAUAAAAAGACAGUAGAAAAGCUCUAUAAAUUGUCAGUUGACAUCAGGAAAAUUCGAAGAUUAAAAGGAUGGGUACUUCUGGAGGAUGAAACCUAUGUUGAAGAAAUUGCAAAUAUUUUACAACAGGUAGGUGCCGAUGAGACUGCUGUAGCCAGUAUCUUGGAACACUGCCCAGAAGCAAUUAUCUGCAGUCCACCUGCUGUUAACACCCAGAGAGAACUCUGGCAGUCGGUUUGCAAGAACGAGAAAGAGUUAGUUAAGUUAAUAGAACAGUUUCCAGAAUCUUUCUUUACUGUUAAAGACCAGGAAAACCAGAAGCUGAAUGUUCAAUUCUUUCAAGAGUUGGGACUCAAAAAUGUGGUCAUUAGUAGAUUUUUGACAACUGCAUCUAAUAUUUUUCACACUCCUGUUGAGAAGAAUAAGCAAAUGAUAAAGGUUCUUCAAGAGAGUUAUCUAAAUUUAGGUGGCUCUGAGGUCAACAUGAAAGUUUGGCUACUAAAAUUAUUAAGCCAAAACCCAUUUAUUUUGUUAAAUUCUUCUGCAUCUAUAAAGGAAACACUAGAAUUUCUCCAGGAGCAGGGCUUUACAAACUUUGAAAUUCUCCAACUUCUCUCCAAACUCAAAGGAUUUCUGUUUCAACUUUGCCCAAGAAGUAUACAGAACAGUAUGUCCUUCUCUAAAAAUGCUUUUAAAUGUACUGAUCAUGACCUGAAGCAAUUAGUUUUGAAAUGUCCUGCCCUUUUAUAUUAUUCUGUUCCAGUUUUGGAAGAGAGAAUUCAGGGAUUAUUGAAAGAAGGAAUUUCCAUAGCUCAGAUAAGAGAGACGCCAAAGGUUCUUGAAUUAACGCCACAAAUAGUACAGUACAGGGUAAGGAAACUGAAUUCCUUAGGCUAUAGAAUAAAGGAUGGAUAUCUAGCAAAUCUAAAUGGAACAAAAAAAGAGUUUGAGGCUAACUUUGGUAAAAUUCAGGCCAAAAAAGGAAGGCCAUUAUUUAAUCCUGUGGCACCAUUAAAUGUUGAAGAGUAACUUGCUGACUGACGUUGCUUCUCUCUAUCAGUGCCGAGUAAAACCGAGUAGCAAAAACUUAAGUGAUUACGGCAUAUUGUGGGCACCAGUAAUUUUAAGAACCUACUUAGCUUCUGAGUUGUGUUUAAAUGACCUCUAAGUAGAA